AUGUCAGUUAAAGAUCGUGUCGCUAUCAUCACCGGAUCGGGUGGCGGACUUGGACGCGAAUACGCCCUUCUCCUUGCGUCUCAGGGCGCCAAAGUUGUGAUUAACGACUACGGUGGCACACUCGAAGGCCAAGCCGGCACUGCAACUCGGGCGCAGGCUGUUGCGGAUGAAAUCAAGCAAGCCGGUGGCAUAGCUAUCGCAGACGGCCACGAUGUCUCUGUCAAGGCUGAUACCUUAAAGAUAGUCGAACGCACCAUGGCCGAGUUUGGUCGCAUUGAUAUCCUCAUCAACAAUGCCGGCAUAUCCGGCAAGCCAAGUUCGCAUGCCGACCUUGAUGGAGCCGCUUUCAUGCGUGUCCUGGAAAUCGGUGUCCUCGGUUCCCAACUCAUGACGAGUGCAGUGUGGAACAUUAUGGAAAAACAGAAUUACGGUCGAAUUGUGAAUAUAUCCUCUGAUGCGAUUAUCGGCUUCGGAGCAGGCGGGGACUGCGCCUACGCAGCAUCCAAGGGUGCUACAUUUGCUCUUACCCGUGACCUCGGCCGGUUCUCCCCUUCCUCUGGCAUCAAAAUCAACGCCAUUCUGCCUUCUGGCCAUUCACGCAUGACUGAUCUGUCAGAUGGCUCUAAAUUCAUUACCGAAACCUACUUUGCCGCCAAAAAGGUUGCCCCGAUGAUGGUAGCACUCUGCUCGGAUGAAUGUCCUGUCUCUGGGGAAUGCUUUGCCACAGGUGCCGACCGAGCCGCACGAAUGACUCUAGCAACCUUCCCCGGCCAUACAAAUGAAACCACUCCACAAGGGUUCCUGGAAAAUUGGCCCGCGGUAUUCGGAGACGUUAAAGACGCGUAUAUUCCCACAGAUACCUUGGACCAUGUUCGUUAUGGUGUCAAGCAUGCCUCUGGAUUGGAUGUUCCUGAUAUUGAAGGAUUUGGCAUUGUGCCGGAUGCGAAAUAG